AUGACUUCAGAAGUAGAGGUGGAUGAUGCGGCGCAGACCCUGCGAAAAUUGGACUUUCAUCAUCCGUACACGCCAUACGAUGUCCAGGAACAGUUUAUGAAAACAGUGUACGAUGUAUUGGACAAGGGCGAGGGCCAAAUCGGCAUCCUGGAGAGCCCAACCGGCACUGGCAAAUCUCUUUCCCUAAUAUGCGCCUCUCUCACAUGGCUUCGACACCACAAGGCCAACAAGUUUGAGAUUUCCAUGCACAAUGCGGGCGAUGCGUACAAGGACGAGCCGUCGUGGCUAAUCGACCAACUGCUACGACGCAAACGCGAAGAGCUUGCUCACAAGUGGACAGACCGAGAAAAGCGCCUCGAGGCCAUUAGGUCAAGAGAAAAAGCGCUGGAGGAGCGCGUCCGAAAACGGCGACGGCUGGAUGCUGCGUCCGUCGCCUCGGGUAAACAAAGCGACGUAGAAGCUGAUGAGUCCGAGUGGCUGUUGGAUGAUUGGGAAGACGGCAAUGCCGCUUCGCUCGACACCCUCUCCGGACUAAGUAAAGAAUCGCGUGAAGUACUAGAACGCAUUGGCCUUGGAGGCCCUCGCAAGAGACAAGAGGAUGAUGACGUCCUCGAAGAGGAGAUCAAGAUCUAUUACACGUCAAGGACCCAUUCGCAAUUAUCGCAGUUCAUCGCCGAAUUGCGCCGCCCAGCAUUCCCUUCCUCUCUGCCGGCCUCUGUCUCUGGGGAGAAGCCGUCUUGUGCCGAGCCCGUGAAACUGCUCCCUUUAUCGUCCCGUCAAAGACUCUGCAUCAACCCAUCUGUUGCGCGCCUGGGCUCUGUCCAAGCCAUCAACGACCGCUGCGCAGAGCUUCAGCAGCCAAAGUCCGCCAAAAAGUGCUCCUUUGUCCCCAAAGAGGAGCUGCUGAGCCAAAGCCACGAGUUUCGUGAUACCGCCUUGGCCACCAUACCCGAUAUUGAAGACCUGCAUCGGCUGGGAAAGGCGCUGGCUGUCUGCCCAUACUAUGCCUCGCGCUCGGCUUUACCCGGGUCAGAGAUUAUUACUCUCCCGUAUCCGCUGCUUCUUCAAAAGAGCGCCCGGGACGCGCUGGGUAUCAAGCUGGACGGCAAUGUCGUCAUCGUCGACGAAGCACACAACAUUAUGGAUGCAAUCGCCAACGUCCACGCCGCGGAGCUCAAACUGAGCGAUCUCCGCAAGGGACGUGGCAUGUUGGGCGUGUACGUGAAGCGCUUUGGCAAGAAGCUCAAGGGAGCCAACCGAGUCAAUGUCGGCAGGGUAGGGCGAAUUGUUGACGGGUUAAGCGAGUGGAUGGAGAGCGCCAAAUCCUCAAAGCACGAGCAUGGCAUUGUGGAACCCAACGACUUGACCCGUCAUAAAGGUAUUGACCAAAUCAACCUGUUUGAGCUUAUCCAAUACAUUCAAGAGUCCAAGCUAGCGUACAAGAUUGAAGGUUAUGCCGCGCACGUUGAGAACGACAAGGACGGCAGCAAGCCAGGCACGGUCAUGUCGAGCACUCCUGUUCUUCACAAGCUCGUCUCGUUCCUUGCAUCUCUUACAAACCUCAGCUCAGAAGGCCGGAUAUUCUACCAGAAGAUCGGUCGGCCGACAACAGACGUGCAGUUGUCGUACCUGUUGUUGUCACCAACACACGCAUUCUCCUCGAUCGUGUCAAGUGCCAGGGCCGUCAUCCUCGCUGGCGGAACCAUGUCACCGUUCGACGACUACAAGAACCAUCUUUUCCCACAAGUGAAGGAGAAAAAAGUGACGACGUUGAGUUGCGGACACGUCAUACCCCGAGAGAACUUGUGCGUGUGGACUCUUGCCAAGACACGUCCUGGCGGACCGACAUUUGAGUUUAGCUAUCACCGACGAGGCGAUCAAGACAUGGUGCAGGAACUCGGUCUGGCCAUUCUGAACAUUUGCUCGGUGGUUCCAGACGGGGUAGUGGUGUUCUUCCCCAGCUACGGAUAUCUCGACGAGGUGGUUGCGGCAUGGAGUCGGCAGCAGCCAGGUCCCCAAACUAUCUGGGACCGUCUGCAGUCCCGGAAGAGGGUUUUCCGCGAAACCAAAGGGUGCUCGAGCGAUCAAGUGCUCGAAGAAUACACUCGAGCCAUACUCGGCAGCGUGGGCGGCACCGAAGCUGCCAGUGAAACCGGGACGAAACCCAACCCCGGGGCGCUACUUCUCAGCGUCGUAGGCGGCAAGAUGUCUGAGGGAAUCAACUUCUCGGACCGACUAGGCCGCUGCGUUAUGGUAGUAGGUCUGCCGUACCCAAACAUGGCGUCGCCGGAAUGGAAAGCGAAAAUGGAAUACAUUGAGACCACCACCACGGCGAGCUUGAUGGAGCAAGACGGUCCCGCCUUGCCCAAAGAAGACGCUGCGUCUCGCGCCAGGCAGGCAGCGAGGGACUUUUACGAAAACGCGUGCAUGAGGGCAGUCAACCAGAGCAUCGGCCGGGCAAUUCGUCACCGAGGCGACUACGCGGCGAUUGUUCUCGCUGAUGGGAGAUAUUCCACGGACCGGAUCCAGGGCAAGUUGCCGGGCUGGAUCCGUGAUGGCAUGGGGCUCGGGCCGAAAGACGCCCAAGGCAAGGCAGCGUCAAACAGUUUGGGGGGCCUGAUGGGCGCCCUGGGAGCCUUUUUCAGGGACAAGAAGCCGCAGCGGUAG